AUGGAAUUUGCCCCGGUGGGCUGGUGGGAUGAAAAGUCGGCCUCUACUGAGACUCAUGAUUAUUUAUCUCGGCGUCUGAUCUCGGAACCACCCUCGGAUCUUCCAAAGCCCGGUCAGGUGAUGCGGAAGCCGGAUCGGAUUGGCCUCGGAACCCUUUUUGCUCCGAGGAAAGGGACGUAUGCUAUUGGUAACCCCAGUGGUAGUGCCAACCCAGGGACUCGCAAACGAGGGCCAAGAAUCACCCGAGCAUGUCAGAAUUGCCGCGCGAGAAAGGUCCGAUGCAAUGGUCAGACUCCUUGUUCUGGCUGCCGGCUUUCCGAGGCCGCCUGUGUCUACCGCACUUCCGAGCCCAAGCGGACGCGGGGUCCUGGUCGCGUCAGGUCUGGGAAUCCGUCUGCGAAUCCGUCCGGGAAUCUGUCUGAGACUAGUUCCGAAAGACCUUUCGUCACAGCUUCCUUUGGAGUCCCCCUAGCUGUACACAUACGCCAUGACCCCGUGCAAUACAAGAGGUUACGAGAGCUUCGAGCUGGUAUCGGUGUGUCGAACCGCGAUAGUGGCUCGUUUCAGUUCUAUGGCCCUUCGUCACACUUCUGCUUUGUUCAACGUAUCUACCAGCGCAUCAAACAGAGGACUAAUGAGACCCUCUUGACACCACAGAGCAAUGCCGUACCGGACGGGGUAGAAAAAUGGGGACUAGAGAGAUUUAUGUUCUCAGUGGGUGCAGACGAUAACAACAGCAAGCGUCAACCGGAGGUGUAUCUAUCCCGCGAGAUGGGAGAUGCCUUUUUGAAUUCGUAUUUCGACAUCAUCCACCCGCAGAUCCCGGUGUUGGUAUAUUCUGAAAUUAUAGCCAUUUGGGAAGGCUUCUGGAAGCCACCUUCUCAGCGCCUUUCUCGUGACAGGGGGGAACUUGUUUUCAUGGCCCUCGCCAUCGGCGCUCGAGUGUCAAGCUCAGAGGGACGACAAGAUGCCUCCUUAUCUGAGGGAUGGGGCGAUCAUUUUGCUCGUAAAGCAAGUGGUUCAAUCAAUCUCUUCGAGGACCCCAGUCUUCACUCCACGCAUUUCUUCCUUCUCAGGGCAAUGUACGCCUAUCAGGUCAUGAGGCCCAAUGACGCCUAUCUAUACCUAGGUCAUGCCGCUCGCAGCGCUACCGCCCUCGGAAUUCACCAUGCCCAAGUCGUCGAAGGAGUUAACCCGACAAUGCAUCGCCUCCGUCUCACCUUCUGGACUCUGUACGCCCAGGAACGCGCUUGUUCGUUAUACUCCGGCCGACCGUCAGCCUUCCGAGAUGAGUUGAUCGACGCGCCAUAUCCCGAAGACCUAACUUCCUUGUCACUUGGAGACGAGAGGGGAACCCAACAUACCCAAGCUACCAUGCAAUGUGCCAUGAUACGAGCUGAAGCUAGCCUAGGAAGAACUGCAGAUCGCCUCUUGGUGGGCAUCUAUUCCUCGAAAAACAUUCUAAACGUGAGCGAUCUUUCUCGAGUUCAUCAAACUGCUCUGGAGUGCGACCUGGAACUGGAAAACAUGACUAAGGCGCUUCCAUCGUAUCUGCAUUUCUUCGAUGACAACCUUCCUAUUGGUGAAGGAUGGCAGGAAGUCCAGCGGGUUAUCCUUGGAAAUCAUUACUACCAGGUACGGAUGCUAAUGCACCGACCGGCGCUAGUGUUCGCCACCUUUUUUAACUCCAAGGUGGAAGCACAGGAGCGCGCGGCUGGAACGAUGCAUAUAAAAGAAUCUAUUGAUGCAUCUAUCUCUUCAGCCAAGAGCAUUAUUGAUUUAAAUUAUGACGUCUUCUUCCACCGAUAUCCCGGCGUCAAGUUUGAUGGGUCAUUGGCAACUUUUCUAGUCUCUGCUUGUGUGAACUUACUCUACGACGUGUUGGACACCGAAAUGACCGCCGAAUAUGCUCGAAGCACGUUCACCGUCGUUGAACGUGGGAUUCAAUGUCUUGAUCAAAUACAACACGUCGGCCCAACUUCUGGCAAGGCUCUUAGCCUGGAUGUGAUGAGGGUGGCUAAGGAUGCUCUUGGAUCUAGCCAGAGCCUCAGUCACUUGGAUGAAAAUAUGACGAGCUUCUUCCCGUGGCUCCAACAGACCAAUCCCCGGUUCAUCCAAGACAGUCUCCCCGUCCUUGAGCAUGAUCCUACCAGGACAUCCGAUUCAAAUUAUGCCAUAGCUGCCACCACAGACGCAGGGGAAGGCUAUCUAGAAUCUUUGAUAAUGGCACCCGAAGUAAAUUACGUACCUCACUGGCUUCAAGCAGGAUUCCAGCAGGAGGAUAUACCCCACGCUUUAUAUUAG